CCGAGCAAAAGAGCCCUAGUCUCCCUUGCACCGACGACGCCAUGACGCGGCUGACUCGAACCAUCAUCCAGCGAUAAGGGAACAUAUCGAAGUUCGAAACACGGAGGAGGAGAAAUAGAGUGACAGACUGCGCCAAGGCGAAACCCUAAAACCGAAAAUCAUCCAAUCAUCCGGUUUCAGGGUUCCCUUAGAUUCCCCCGGAACCGGACGGGAAGCGGAGCGGAAGAACCAGGGAGCUCGAACAGAGGAAGAUUCGUCUGUGCAGGCCGAAGGGAGAAGAAAUAGCUGAGAGGCUGCUGCCGGGGAGAUGGGGAAGAAGAAGAAGAGAGUGUCUUCCAAGGUCUGGUGCUACUACUGCGAUCGCGAAUUCGACGACGAGAAGAUCCUAGUCCAGCACCAAAAAGCCAAGCACUUCAAGUGCCACGUCUGCCACAAGAAGCUCUCCACCGCUGGCGGAAUGUCCAUCCACGUCCUUCAGGUCCACAAGGAGUCCGUCACCAAAGUUCCUAAUGCAAAACCUGGAAGAGAAGCAACUGAUAUUGAAAUUUAUGGAAUGCAAGGAAUUCCGCCUGAUGUAUUGGCUGCUCACUAUGGGGAAGAUGAUGAUGAAGCUCCAUCUAAAACUGCCAAGGUGGAUAUUCCUUCUACUCCAUAUGUAGUUCCAGGUUCAUUGCCUCUUGGAUAUCCUCCACGACCUUUACGCCCGGUGCCCCCAGUUUACUGCAGUUACAGUUCUGGUGUGUCUGGUGGUUGGCCAGUUCCUCCACGUCCCCAGACUUGGUAUCCGCAGAAUCCUACUGUUUCAGUUCCUCCUCCAACUCCUGCAGGAUACGGUCAUCAGCCAUUGUUCCCUGUGCAAAAUGUGAGGGCUUCUUUAGGCCUAUCGGCACCGGCACUCGUACUUCCUGCUCAAGUGGCUCCUCCUGGACUGCCUUCAUCCACACCUCCAGUUCCUGUGUCGCAGCCUCUGUUUCCUGUAGUUAACAACAAUUUACCUCAAAGCCAACCAUUUUCUGCUCCUUUGCCACCCCCUAGUAUACCACCUGGAACUUCUGCUGAACUGAGAGGACAAGCUGAUAUACACUCUGGAAUUAACAGUUAUACCAUGCCAGCUGGAUACCAGGCUUCUAGUGUGCCAGUAGGUUCGGCAUUUCCUAGUUCACAUUCCUAUGCCUCUGGUCCAAAUACUGCGGGUCCAUCUAUUGGACCUCCUCCAGUAAUUGCAAACAAAGCUCCUGCUAACCAGCCGAGUGAAGUGUAUUUAGUUUGGGAUGAUGAGGCCAUGUCCAUGGAGGAAAGAAGAAUGUCCUUACCAAAGUAUCAGGUGCAUGAUGAAACUAGCCAGGUAAGUGAUGACUACCUCUUUAGUAUAUGGGAAAUGUUUCCUCAUCUGACGAGUUCGGUACGCUUUAUAUUCUGUGUUUUCUGAUAAAAACUUAUGAAUUGUUUCCUAUUCAUAUGGUGUUUCUGUGUGCCUAUGAAUUCCCUUCAAUCAAGAAAUCCAUAGUUAACAAAUUAUGUCUUCUGAUUGGCAACCUGUUGGUUGAGCGGCGCAAGGUCGUGUGCUUGACUUCUAUUGACCUGUUUUGCUUGCCUAUCCUACUCAACAUGUAGUUAUGGCCUUAUGGGGAGAUAUGAGUAUAUACAUAUCUAUUAUUGCUGGUAGUUAGUAAUUACCCUUUUGGCAAAGCUUGCUGGAACAAAUCAAAGGUUCUACAUCCUAAUCCUAUCAUCAUUCUCGGUUGAGCAGCGUGUAUGUAUUUAUUGCUUAUUCGAAUUGAAUUUUAUGUACUUUCCUUUUAUUGUUUUCCCUCCCUAUGCUUCACUUUGUUGGGGGUCGGGUGUGGAACAAAGAUGGUAUCCAAAGGAAUUUUCUCCAUGCAUAAGAUCAUUACAAUUACAAUUUACUUUUACGGCCGAACAGUGAAUUCGGACUUUGGCCCAGAUGAGCUCCAUUGAUGCAGCUAUUGACCGAAGAAUUCUGGAGAGCCGGCUGGCUGGCAAAAUGGCAUUCUAGACUCAAGACUUUUGCCAUUCAUGGAAAACUCUAAGCCAGAGAAUUCUUUUUGCUGAGAAUGCAUAACCCUUGAUGAAUUGCUAGGGGAUUACUCUUUUGAUGCCAAACCAGUCUUCCUCAAACGAACCAGCCGAUGGUGUAUAUUGUUGUAUUCCUUACAAGAACAUACGGAAGAAGAGCUAUUCUUUGGAGUAUAACCAGGAUACAGCAACUUGGCCGAGAAUAGAUUAAGUUAUACGCAUUUAUGUUAUUACGUAGUGAUAUAGAUUUGAGUUUUGGUUUGAAUGAUGCAGCUUUUCUUUGUUUGGUAGGGUAACCUUUGUUGCUUAGAAAAGGGUGUUCAACUGUAACGUUAUGUGGGAAUAUUACAUUGAUUUAUGUGUCUAAGCUCUCAAAUGAUUUAGUUGCACCCGCGGGUAUUUGCCGACCUGAUUCGCGAUGGGGUGGGUAAUGCCCGACCCGUAGUAGCGUGGGGCGGGGUAUGAGUAUCUAUUUCCGACCUGGCUUGUGCCACCCUGCCUCGUUCUUGGUCAAUUCUAUCUAAAUUUUUACGGUAUCUAUACAUAUUUCUCCUAUUUUGACUUUUUUUCC